AUGGGUGACAAAAGUGACAAUAAUGGUUUUAGCACACCCGAAACCAGUAAAAAGCGGACAAUUGACGAAACAGUAAGUCCUACUGAUUGUCCUGCCGGUGAACAUGUCAAUGCCCCAGAGGCCGUCAGGCGGAAGGAAUCGUUUUCUCCUUUGGCAGCUAAUUCAGAAAUGCAAUGCAUAACUCAUGACCUCACAGAUCUUGUUAAAUCUGCAAUAUGUAGCCCUGAAGUCAUGGAAGCUAUCUGUGCUGCUGUAGUACCAAACUUAUCUGUUAUGUUCACAACUAUGUUAAAACCUCUGAACGAUAAAAUGGAUGCACAAAAUAAAACCCUAUCCACUAUGAGUGAUAAACUACUAUCCCAGAAUAAUGAAAUCAAGCAGUUGAAAGCUCAAAACACUAAAUUACGUUCAGCUCUUGCUGAUGCUGACCAAGACAUUGAUGCUUUAGAGUGCAGACUUGAUGAUAUGGAACAGUACAGCAGGAGAACGUCAUUAAGGUUCCACAAUGUAAGUGUUAAAUAUAAACCUAUACGUGAUUCUAAUACACAGACAAUAUCUGAAUCCACAAGCAAUGCCACUGGUAGUAUUCAGACCUCUGAUUCCAUCCAACAAAAGAACGAUUCUAGCAAUUCCAUCAAUCAUUUAGAUUAUGACAAAAUUGUUGUUGAUUUAUGCAACAACGUGAUGAAUGUUAAUCCUCCUAUAACAGAAGCUGAUAUAGAAAGGUCACAUCCAAUAGGCGCUGCUCGAAAUGGCCAUUUCCAAUUACUGUGCAAAUUUAAAGAUUGGAAGUUGAAAAACCGUGUUUUUCAACACAAGAAGAACUUUAAAACUCAUCGGUCAGACGUUUUUAAAGUCUUUGUAACAGAAGACCUCACACGCAAACGCCAGAUGUUAGUUAAACAAUUGGAAGCGGCCCGCAAAGACAAAAUGAUAGACAGCCAUUGGACCUACGAUGGGAGGAUACUGUUCAAACGAACAUCCAACAGCAAAGUUUCACAGGUCAGACACAUAAAAGACCUAAAUGAUAUUCUGACUGAGUUGUCUACCGGAUCAGACAACCCAUGGAACAAUCAAAACAGUUCAGAAGCAUCUUCUGAUGCACUUUUGAACCCCUGGAAAAAGUGA